GAUGAAUAAAAAAUGGAAUUAAAGAAAUAAAAGAAUAAAAAACUAAACCGGAGUCAAAAGCAUUACAAGCGUUGCGUACUGAAAGGCUCCGUCCCAAAAUAAUAGUAGAUUUCUUUUCAAAGCGGCACGAAUGUGCUGAUUUCUCUAUUGAAGGGCAUACAUUUGUUCAGAGGAUGAGAUGGAUCGUUUGUAACUUGAAAAUUAUUCGUUGAUUUACCUAUCUUUUAAUCGUUUUAUAAAUUUUACUAGUGUACCGUUUGAUUUGUGUGUUAUGAUCAAGAUUUACUGCAUAUUGGUUGCACAAUUCUUUUAGCAAUUUUACAUUUCCAGUGCAUUUCAUUUUAAAUAUAAUAUAAGAGAAUCACUUGAUUAUUAAAAUGGCAUCUGCUUUUCCUGAUGAUGCCAAUGAUGAGCUCUGGCGUGAAUGUGCAGCUUGGCUCACUCGAUGGGAAAUGCUUAGGGCAGACCAUCGCGCUAACUGGCCUGAGGCGUGUAUUGCUGACUUAGCUAAUAUUCUCAGAGAUGGGGUUCUGCUCUGCAAGCUGCUUCAUAAAAUUGAUCCCACCUCCGUCGAUAUGAAAGAUAUAAACCUCAAACCCACUUUAGCACAGUUCUUGUGCCUCAGGAAUAUCAACGUUUUCUUGAAGGCCUGUGUUAAUUCAUUUGGCUUGAAAGAAUCAGAUCUCUUUGACUCUUUAAUGCUUUUUGAUCUCACCAAUUUCCACAAAGUAUUAUGCACACUUUCAAAGUUGUCCCAGAGUCCUAAAUCACUGCAUAGUGGGAUUCCUGGUUUCACUGCCCAAAAACUUAAGUCUAAGGAAGAAGAAGUGAUCUAUCAGAGCUUGAAGACUGUCGAAGCAACAUCUAAUCCUCUGUAUAGUAACUUAAGUUGGUUGAAUUUCACGAUAAAAUCUCCGCAACCUGACGAUAGGGAAGAAGAAGCUUAUGAUAAUCUUUGUUACGUAACCUUUUCUUCAGCUCUCACUGAGCCUCCUACUAUGGAAAAGAGAGAUUUUGUGAUUAAAGAACUAAUGGAUACGGAAAAUAAUUACUUAGAUGUUCUGAAUAAGUUGAAUAGUAACUUUGUCAUCAAUCUCGCUGGUAGUAUGAGGCCCCAGGAUCAUGAGACUGUAUUUCAUAAGAUACCUGAUUUAUUGAAAGUUCACAUGGAUUUCAAUAAAGAGCUGUCAAGAAUUCGUUAUGACUCUACCGUGAGAUUGAGCGCUAUAUUUAUGCAAUGGAGAGAAAGGUUUCUUGUAUACGGCAGUUACUGCGCUAACCUAACCAAGGCCAUAAACACGUUGCAGGAAAUUUGUGAUAAUGACCCAGAGAUGAAUAGUUUAGUUGAGUCCUAUGAAAAAGCAGCCAAUAAUGGAAAAUUCAAAUUAAGAGAUGUCCUUUCAGUUCCUAUGCAACGAAUCUUAAAAUAUCACCUUCUGCUAGAAAAACUUAUUGAAAACACUGAUGUGAACCACGAAGAGUACAAUGAUCUCAGGAGAGCGAGAGAAGCAAUGAUAGACGUCGCGGGUUACAUUAAUGAAGCUGCAAGGGACAAGGAUCAUCUGGAUGUCAUCGCCAAUCUUCAGGAGAACAUCAUCGAAUGGUCUGCCGGAAACGACAUCAAUUUGUCGGAUUACGGCAGGCUGAUCAAGGACGGCGAAAUCAAGUUCAAGGCUCACGAUGACCAAAAAACAAAGAACAGAUAUGUUUUCAUUUUCGACAAAUGCAUCUUGAUCUGCAAGCAGCAGAAGGGUCAGCAAUUUGCAUUUCGAGAUUUGAUAAACAUAGCGGAUUUUCAUGUGGACGAGGCGCACAACAGGGCCCUUCUUAACAGGGAAGCGAGGUGGUCUUACAAUUUUCAUUUGGUUAAAAACGACACCAAUACGGCCUACACGUUUUUCGUCCGAUCCAUCGAACUUAAAGAUCAAAUGAUCAAGGCCAUAAAUGAUGCAUUAGAUAAUAUACGUCCGUCGGCUUUCAAGCGAACAAACCACUGUUUCGAAUUGCAGACCUUUCAGAAACCCGAACAGUGCAACCAUUGUUCGAAAUAUCUCAAAGGUCUCAUAUUCCAGGGUUACAGAUGCUCGACAUGUAGGAUAGCCGUUCAUAAGGGCUGCCUGUCAGCCGCAGGCAAAUGUGGAGGUUCGGGAUCGUUAUGUUCGAUGUCUUCUUCCUCUUCUUCUCCUCAAAACAGUAUUAUGAAUGAUGAAGAUGCAUACUUGCGGAGUAAAUUAUGGUUUGUCGGCGAAAUGGACCGGGAAACUGCCCAGAGGGUCUUGGAAAGAAGGGAAAACGGAACGUACCUCGUUAGAAUAAGGCCUAAGAGUGCAAUAGCUGAUAAAUAUGCCCUCUCUCUUAAGACUGAUGAUUCCGUCAAACACAUGAAAAUCUGUAGUGGAACUGAUAGCGGAGAAAAAAAAUACUACCUUUCGUGGUCUAAAUUUUUCAAUAGCAUCGAAGAACUCAUUGUCAAUUACCAAAUAUUCAGCUUGAAGGAAAAUUUCGAAAGGUUAAGUGAAAAUACCAGGCUACUAUGGCCUUACAAGCAGAUAUACGCCGUCGCCAUCAGAAAUUUUCAACCUCAAGAUUACGUACAGAUGCCUCUUAGGGAAGGCCUACGAGUUAUUAUUAUUGGAAAAGAAGGCUACAGGGAAGGAUGGUGGAAAGGGAAGACAGAUCUGAAUAAUAUUGGAUUUUUUCCAAGCAACUGUGUCAGAGAGGAAGGUGAAGUAAGGUUCGAUUAAUUCCACAAACUAGUCAGAUCCUGCAAUAAAACUCAAUGUAUAUAGUGAUUUAGUUAUUUCAUGAAUUUUUAUAUAGUCUAGAUAUUGAAAUUUUCAUAUUUUUAUUGAAAUUGUUAUCCUAAAAUAUAUGAUUACCGUAA